AUGGCAGAAAGUGAGGGUGAAAUAGGAGAGAACGAUAAAGUUUCCGGACGUAUAAAGGAAUGUUUGUGUCAGCCAUGUUUAAUUAAGGAUAAGCAAACUGUAGCUGACAAGUUUUGCUCAACUUGUAAUGAAUUCCAGUGUACUGAUUGUUCAAGUGUACACGACUUGCUCCCAAUUUUGAAAAGUCAUAAAUUGGUGAACGCAAAAGAAGCUAAUGCAUCAAGAGUUUUGCUUGAUAUGAAGGGAUUAGAUCAGUGUGAUCAACAUAAAGAAAUUUUGAAAUUCUUCUGUGAAGAUGAAAACAAGCUUUGUUGCAGCACUUGUGCUAUUUCUAAGCAUCGUAAAUGCCACAGCGUUGUAGAAGUUGAUGAGAUCGCUGGAAACAUUACUUCACGAAGUUCUACCUUAAUGGAAAAAAUGAAAAAAGCACUUCAAGAUGCUGAAGGCAUUGCAAGACACAUUCUCAAUUCUAAAGAUCAGCUAGCCCAAAACGUAAACGAAAUACCAGUAAAGAUUAGAGAAAUGCGAGAUAAAGUAAUGCAGAUGUUUGACGAUUUGGAACUUUCUGUCGCCAAGAGAGCUAAAGAUCUUCAGAAAGAAUCAUUAGUUAACCUGACAAAGAAACAAUCACUAAACGAAAAGCAUUUGGCUCAUGUAACAUCGAUUUUUGAAACCAUUGAUAACGUUUACAAAAAUGGAACUUCAGCGCAGAAAUUCAUAGCAGAACAAAACAUGGAAAAUGAAGUCAAUGUUCUAUGCAGGCAUGUUCAGGAGGAGAUUCAAAACUCAGAUACGGCGACCAUUACUUUUCAUUUUGACGAUGCAUUAAAACUGCCACCACUACCAAUCACUGAAUAUAUUCCUGGCCAACUCAUAUUAAAGUCGCUUCGACAGGGAGAUGCAAAUUCGGAUAAUACGGAGAUCACAUUAACUCCAGUUUUUUCCAUUGAUUUGAAGAAGACAGGAGAUGACAUGAAGGAACCAUUCAUUACAGGAAUAGACUUUCUACCCGAUGGUAGACUAGUUGCUGUGGAUAAAUACAAUAAAACAUUCUUAGCUUGCAAUGAGAAGCUUGAGAAAGUAGGAUCAUAUCAGUUAUCUUACGAGCCAAUGUCCGUUGUUGCUGUAUCUGAGGACGAAGUAGCGAUAACGAGUGGCAGCGAAUAUAUUAUAGAAUUCCUACGUGUUAGUAAAGCUAAUGAAAUAAGUCUAAGUGGAAAAAUUAACGUAUCGACGAAAUAUUUUUCUGUAUGUUUAAAAGAUAAUAGACACUUAAUGGUAGGGACUUAUGAUGAACAAAGACCUGCUGAAAUAGUUUCUUUGACAGCGGGACAGAUAUUUGUCUUCAAUAUUAACUUUCCGGAAAAAACAUAUCCUUUAAACAAAAGCGCUUGUACUUAUGUUCGAAGCAGUGAUAAAGUGGUGCUUACAGAUAGAGACGGCCAUACUGUCUACAUAUAUGAUAACGUGACAAACACGAGAGUCGUAGUUAAGGGUUAUCAGAUAAAGGAACCAUGUGGUGUAGCAGUUGGUCCCUAUGAUACUAUUCUGGUUUGUAGUUUGAGAACAAACUCUAUCGUGCAGAUAUCACAAACAGGUCAGAUCUUAUCAUCACACAAGAUAGAUAUGGAUAAUCCGUAUAGAGCCUGUGUCUCAUGUGAUAAAACAUUUCUUGCGAUAACAAAUUCAUGUGAAGGUGAGAUGAAGAUACAGAAGUUUAAGAUAUCAUUAUAA